AGGACGGCCCCGCGAGGGCCGGCCGCGGCGAGCGCCCGGCCGCGGGCGGCGACGGGCCCGAGAGGCAGCUGGCGGGGCUGCGGCAGCAGUGCGCCAGCCUGCAGGGACGGCUGGACGCGGCCUUGCAAGAGGCUGCUGAGGCAGAGACACGCUGCCAGCAGUCUCAGACGGCGUCGACUCCCACCAGCCCUGUAUCUCAAGUUCACUCGAUGGAGGUGGUCCGCACGCCGUCAGCGAGGUGGGCGAGGGCCAGGCAACGGGACUACGUGGAGCGCUGGGGUGCGGCAGAGGAGCGGGGCGCGACCGCCGGCGCGGGCGGCGCAGACCUGCGCAAGAGGCUGCUGCUGGAGGAGCUGGAGCUGCAGCGCUGCUGCGCGGGCGCGGCCGCCGAGGAGUCCGCCCGUAUGCGGCUCGAGGUCGGCCUGGCCCUGCAGGAGGAACGCCAGCAGGUGACGGAGCUGAAGAGCCUGCUCGCGGCUUUCCAGAGCCGAGACUCGACCAUCGAGCUCGAGCUGAACCAGGCUCGCGGCCAGGCGCAGGCGAACGCGGCACACGCAGAGUGGCUUCGCGCAGAGCUUGCUCAUGAGGAGGAGAGGCCAGUCGCCCCCGAGCGGUCCUUGCCGGCGGCCGAGG